AUGAGUCAUGCGGCAGGAAACGAGCUCGGGCUGGACCAGCAGUUUUCUGGUCUAGACCUGAACUCCUCUGAUAAUCCGAGUGGAGGAGGAAGUACAGCAAGCAAAGGGCGCUAUAUACCUCCUCACUUAAGGAACAGGAAAGCAUCUAAAGACAUGUCCAGAAGGAAAACAGGAUGUUAUGAUAAGAACAGUUCAGGGUGGAGUUGUAGUAAAGACAAGGGUGCCUACAGCAGUUUCGGGUCUCGAGAUUCAAGAGGAAAGUCCAGUUAUUUAAGUGAUUGAGGAGGUGGAUCAAGGGGAAGGUUUGAUGAUCGUGGACGGAAUGACUAUGAUGGUUUUGGCAGUCGUGGUGACAGAACUGGCUUUGGCAACUUUGAACGUAGUGGACACAGUCGUUGGUGUGACAGGUCAGAUGAAGAAGACGAUUGGUCAAAACCACUUCCACCAAGUGAACGCUUGGAGCAGGAACUCUUUUCUGGAGGAAACACUGGGAUUAACUUUGAGAAAUACGAUAAUAUACCAGUAGAGGCAACUGGCAAUAACUGUCCUCCACAUAUUGAAAGUUUCAGUGAUGUUGAGAUGGGAGAAAUUAUCAUGGGUAACAUUGCGCUUACUCGUUACACUCAUCCUACUCCAGUGCAGAAACAUGCCAUUCCUAUUAUUAAAGGAAAAAGAGACUUAAUGGCUUGUGCCCAAACAGGGUCUGGAAAAACUGCACCAUUUCUUUUGCCCAUCUUGAGUCAAAUUUAUACAGAUGGUCCAGGCGCGGCUUUGAAGGCUGUGAAGGAAAAUGGAAGGUAUGGACGCCGCAAACAAUAUCCAAUCUCCUUGGUUUUAGCCCCAACAAGAGAAUUGGCUGUACAGAUCUAUGAGGAAGCCAGAAAAUUUUCAUACUGGUCUCGAGUUCAUCCUUGUGUGGUAUAUGGUGGUGCUGAUAUUGGUCAGCAGAUUCGAGACUUAGAACGUGGAUGUCACUUGUUAGUCGCCACUCCAGGACACCUGGUGGAUAUGAUGGAAAGAGGAAAGAUUGGGUUAGAGUUCUGCAAAUACUUAGUGUUGGAUGAAGCUGAUAGGAUGCUGGAUAUGGGGUUCAAACCUCAAAUAUGUCGUAUAGUUGAACAAGAUACUAUGCCACCAAGGGGUGUCUGCCACACCAUGAUGUUUAGUGCUACUUUUCCUAAGGAAAUUCAGAUGCUUGCUCGUGAUUUCUUGGAUGAAUAUAUAUUUCUGGCCGUAGGUAGAGUUGGUUCUACCUCUGAGAACAUCACACAGAAAGUAGUUUGGGUAGAAGAGGCAGAUAAACGGUCAUUUCUGCUUGACCUCUUAAAUGCAACAGGAAGGAAUUCACUGACUUUAGUUUUUGUGGAGACCAAAAAGGGUGCUGACUCUCUGGAGGAUUUCUUAUACCAUGAAGGAUAUGCUUAUACCAGUAUUCAUGGAGACCGAUCACGGAGAGAUAGAGAGGAAGCCCUUCACCAGUUUCACUCAGGAAAAAGCCCGAUUCUAGUGGCUACUGGUGUGGCAGCAAGAGGACUAGACAUUUCAAAUGUGAAACAUGUUAUCAAUUUUAAUUUGCCAAGUGAUAUUGAGGAGUAUGUACAUCGGAUUGGCCGUACAGGACAUGUAGGAAACCUUGCUAAACAAGAAGUGCCAUCUUGGUUAGAAAAUAUGGCUUAUGAUCACCACUAUAAGGGUAGCAGUCGUGGGCGUUCUAAGAGAUUCAGUGGAGGAUUUGGUGCCCGAGACUACCGACAAAGUAGCAGUUCUGGCAGUUCUAGCUUUAGUAGUAGUCAUGCAAGCAGCAGCCGCAGUGCUGGAGGUGGUCAUGGCAGCCCCAGAGGAUUUGGUGGAGGUGGCUAUGGAGGCUUCUACACUAGUGAUGGAUACGGAGGAAAUUGCAACUCUCAGGGGGUUGACUGGUGGGGCAACUGA